AUGUCUUCCAACGGCUCGUCGAUCCAAGCUGGGAACUCCAACAAGAACUCAAACUCAAACACAACCUUCGACCCAUCUUCGGUCCCGUACCCAACCAACAACGACAUCACCAGGCCCUAUGGCGGUCAUUACCACUUCAUGCUCUCUUACGGCUUGAAGAUGCACAACCAGGACGAUUUCGACGAGAGCAAGAGGAUUUUAGAGGGACUCCAGGAAUGCGAGUAUCAGGAACGCGUUGCGAGGGCGAGGGAGGAGUAUAAGAGGGAGUCAUUUUCCAAGUGGUGGAGUACCCCUAGCUGCACAAAGUCCUAUGGCGGACACUACUACUUCAUGCUCACUUACAAUUUGAACAUGUAUGACGACGAGGACUUCGAGUACAGCAAGCAGAUUUUGGAGGAGAUCAAGAAGGAGGAGUUUGAGAAUCGCGUUGAUAGAGCGAGGGAGGAGUAUGAGAAGAAGGGUUGA